ACCUGGAUGCGCUUCUACAGAACUCCUGCCGCUGGGGGCAGCUAUUCCAGUAAUGGGAUUGUUACUUCAGCAACUCCCUCACAUUCACACCUGCUUUUCAUUCCUCCUCAGAGAUGGACAAUAUAAUGCUUCCAUUCUGUAUGUUUUUAAUAACUGAGCGGUGUGGUGAAAACUAGCGACACCUUCCUUCAUUCCCCUUGUAGGAAAAGCUUAGUUGUGCCCACAGUAAAGAUGGCGUCCGUCGUUUUCCCUACGUCUUCCACAAGAUGGCUGCUCUUACACUGCUUCCCACCCACCACCUGUCAAUAUGGCUUCUCUUCUUCCAAUGUAAUAUUUCUAAACCGAACAUCUAGAAAAAGUCCAACAGCUCCCAAACAACACCUACCUCAGACUCACAUGACCUCGUCAUGUGACCUAAACCUCUCAGGCGCCCGUACAUUCUAGGCUUUACCCUAACAUUACAACCAAUUGUGUCUGAACUGAAGUGUGUUGUCGCAGCAAACCUGGCGGCUACUGUGAUGUCUCCGUCCAUUGGCCCGCGCCUUGAAAAGAUCCGCCCUCUCAGACCGCUGAUUGGUUAGCACUGCAGUUGCCUGAAGCAGAUACAGGAGAGCCAGGAUUGGCUAAGACUCUUCUAACUGUGAAUCUGCGCGGAAGCGUGUGACAGCCGGUGGUUUGUGGCGGCUUGUCGGGAAGGACAGCAUCACUGACUUUUUCAUGGACCUCUUUGGAAGAAUCUUCAAUACUGUGAGUGCUGUGAGCAACCUCUUUACCAAUCCUUAUCGUGUGCGGGAGGUGCCACUUUUGGACUAUGCUGGCUGCCAAAGACUUAAGGAAGAUGGGCGAAUCUUACUUUACAAGAGCAAGACAUCGAAAUUGUGGGACUGUCUCCUAGUAAACCCAAUGACACCACAAAAUGCCUUUCGUCUAUUUCAGUUGGAUUCAGAGGCAGAAGCAUUGCAUCAGUUCCAAGAAUAUGCAACCAAAAUGCGUCCAUUCUAUGAGAGCUCCAGACAGGGUCUCCAGCUAACCACUGUCCAGCUACUUACAGACUGUCUGCGUGGGCACCCCAACUGGUCUUUGGCACACGUGGCAGUAGAGAUGGGUCUUCGGGACAGUUUUAAACACAACGGUAUUCUGAGAAGUGUGAAUAGUACAGAAUGUGACUUGGGCUGUACCCCACUGCACCUGGCCUGCAAGAAAGGGGACAUCGAAUGCAUUCAGGAGUUGGUAGAAGAGUGCCAGGCUCGGGCGGAAAUUUCUGACUUCAAUGGAGAGACCGUGUACCACUAUGCUGCCCGUCAAAACAACCCUCGUGUUAUUGAGAUCCUGUGUUCUGUACCUUCUAUUGGUAUUGACCACCUGAGCAACUCUGGAGAGACUCCAUUGCAUGUGGCUUGUCGCAUGGGCAAAACCGAGGCAGUUCUAGCCUUUUUGCGCUGUCAUGCGCGCUGUGAUAUCCUUGGAAGGGAUGGAUACCCCAUUCACACAUGUAUGAAAUACUCAAUGAAAGGAUGUGCUGAAGCAAUACUGGAUGUUUCUGCAAACCAGGUACAUGUUGAAGAUCCUAAAUAUCAGGCAAUCCCUUUGCAUUGGGCAAAGACCGCUGAGAUGUCUGUACUUUUGCUGGAGCGCGGUAGUAAAGUGAAUGCUUUAAGUAGAACAGCAGAAACUCCUUUACACAUUAUGGUUAAGAAGGACAGAUUUGACUGUGUCAUGGUGCUCUUGACCCAUGGAGCAAACCCAAACACAAAGGGUGAACAUGGAAAUUCGGCUUUGCACCUGGCUAUGAAGAAAGAUCACCUGGAGCUUAUUAAAGCCCUUAUGGUUUUUGGGGCUGAUGUGGAGCAGGCUAAUGAUUUUGGUGAAACGCCAGGACUCCUUGCAGCCAGAUCAAGCAAAGGGUCCAAUCGCAAGGUGCUACUCGACAUGCUUUGUAACAUAGGAGCAGAGCGCUGUUUUCCCCCUGACACCCAGUUUCCACCAGCUGCAUCCUCCCCCACCACAGCAGCCCCCGUGGACAGAACUAGCAGCAUAGGUUUCCAGGACUUGGUGUAUGUCUCCACUGCUUUAGGCAGUAUGCUGGCCUCACAUGACUGUGUGGAUUUUACAAGAGAUGACCUAAGAACGCAGGAUCGCCUUCUGUGCUUGGAUGGUGGUGGAAUUCGUGGACUGGUUCUUAUUCAGCUGCUUAUUGCCAUAGAGAAAAUUGCGGGCCGUCCAAUAAAAGAGCUCUUUGACUGGGUUUCUGGCACCAGUACUGGUGGUAUUUUAGCAUUAGCCGUAGUACACGGAAAGUCCAUGGAAUACCUCCGCUGUUUGUACUUCCGCAUGAAGAAUGAGGUUUUUCGCGGCUCACGGCCAUAUGAGUCUGGGCCAUUGGAGGAUUUUUUAAAAAGGGAAUUUGGGGAACAAACAAAGAUGACAGAUGUAAAGCACCCCAAAGUAAUGGUGACUAGUGCAAUGUCAGAUAGGCACCCGGCAGAACUUCAUCUCUUCCGAAACUAUGAACCCCCAAAUGCAGGCCGAGAACCAACAUUCAAGAGGCUUGCUUCAUUCCGGCCAGUAACAAAACCAGAAGAUCAGUUGGUGUGGCGUGCCGCCCGCUCCAGUGGUGCUGCUCCCACCUACUUUCGCCCCAUGGGCCGUUUCCUGGAUGGCGGGCUGCUAUCAAAUAAUCCCACCCUAGAUGCCAUGACUGAAAUACAUGAUUAUAACACCUGUAUGAAACGUGAGGGUAAAGGUGGGCAGGUAAAGAAAUUAGGUGUGGUAGUAUCACUUGGCACCGGGAAGCCUCCACAAAUUCAAGUGAGCUCCGUUGAUGUGUUUAGGCCAUCUAACCCAUGGGAGAUGAUGAAGACUGUGGUUGGAGCAAGAGAACUGGGCAAGAUGGUUAUAGACUGUUGCACAGAUUCAGAUGGUCCAGCUGUAAAUAGGGCCCAGGCAUGGUGUGAAAUGAUAGAUGUUCCAUAUUUCAGGUUAAGCCCACAGCUGCAAACAGAUGUCAUGCUGGAUGAAGUUAGUGACGCAGUGUUGAUUAAUAUGCUUUGGGACACCCAGAUCUACAUCUACCAGCAGAGGGAGGAACUGCAAAGGUUGGCAAGGCUUCUCUUGACACUAUGAAGACUGAAUUCUAACAGUACAAAAGGUCUGCAGUGAAACGAUUGAGGACUUGUAUGGAAGCACAAGACAUUGAAGAAACAUCUCAACUCUAACAGCUUUCAUCUAGCAUUACUGCCUGUGGUUAAUAUUCUGUGUGGUUAUUCACUAUAUGUUUACCUACAACGUAAUGAACAUUGUCUUCCCGAUAUAUCAUUUUGCUAAAUAGAACUAUACAGUGUGGACACUUCAGAGGCCUCUGUCCUGGAGGUUAGGAUUGCCGGUGCACCUCCUAGCUGCUAACAUAAGGCCUUUAUCUUUACAACCUUUAUUGACCAUUUCUUGUUUGGUGUUUGAAAAGUUGCAGAUAUCUAUAAUAUCUGGUUAUCCUCAUUAAAUAACACAAUUAAAGAGGCUUUCCUAUGACCGAUAUUGAUUACCUAGUAAUAGGAUAUGCAUCAGUAUUAGUAUCAGUAGAAAUCUGACUGCUGGGACCUCUGCCAGUACCCAGAUCAGCAACCUUUGGCACUCCGGCUGCUGUGAACCUACAACUCCCAGCAUACACACUUUCUUGGAUGUUCUUGUAACUGCCAUAGAAGUAAAAGAAAGAUUCUGGGAGUUUUAGUUUCAGAGUAUCGGAGGUUGCUGAUCCGUGACCUAGAAUUUAGAGGUUGCAGCACUAGGUAAUGUGUCCUCUCCAUUAGCUUCCACCUUUGUUGGCACCAUGAUGGAUAUGGUAAAUUCAUUAUGAUCCAUGAUCUUUGAUUAAUGAAUCGCAUUGAAUUGACCUUAAAAUAAAUUGGAAUCUGAUGAUUCCUGGUUGUGCCUUAAUGUAGUGUAAAUAGCAGUUUGGAUAUGUCGUUUAGUAACAAACAUGAAUAUAUCAGGGAUGCCUAAACAGCAAUUAGCUAGCAUUAGUAUUGGAAAUGCAGAUAAGGCUUUAUUCACAUGUCAGGGAUUUUCAUCAGUUUUUUAUAUAAGGUCAGAGGGAAAGAUCUGUAUCUGUUCUGAGUUUAGACCCGCACCUGGUUUUGGCUCCUAAUCACUGAUGGAAAUCACUGACCGAAAACUGUGUGAAUAAGGCCUUAUUCAGAUGUCUGUAAUGUGUAAUGCUUGGCAUCUGUAUUACCGGCAUAACCUUAGAUUGGGAGCCCCAUUGGGGACAGCGUGAUGUUAAUGUCUGUAAAGCGCUGCAGAAUAUAACAGCGCUACAUAAGUAAGUAUAAUAAAUAAAAAAAAUGGACAUUGCUCUAAUGACCUGAAUAAACUGUAUUUUGGGGCUAUGAUGCGGUUAGUUCAGACCCGGGGCUUAGAACUGGAUUUGCAGCCAUCUGUUUGAGGCCUAAGGCCCCUUUCACACGAGCUAGUUUUCCGCGCAGGAGCAAUGCGUGACGUUAAAGCAUAGCACCUGCACUGAAUCCUGACCCAUUCAUUUCAAUAGGUCUGUGUACAUGAGCGUUGUUUUUCACGCAUCAUUCUGCGUUGCGUGAAAAACGCAGCAUGUUCUAUAUUC